AUGGUCACUACAGUACGUUUUCUGCAUCUCAAUUGAAAAGAUUUUGUCCUAUUUUAACCUUUUUGCUGCUGACUGGUUUUUCAUCCCAGUGUGGAUCAGACUUAAGGGAUAAUCUCUAUUGCUUUCCUCAUCAAAUUCAGUGCCAGAAUUAUCUUCCUCAUCACCGGAAUUUUUUGGUAUCUCUGUCACCAAAUGAACAAGUCUUUAUCAGGCUUCCAUAAGUAUAUUUAUAUGCAGCUUGAUUGUUUUUUCUGUGUACAGUAUUGUUCAUACAAGUACCACAACUUAGCACAUACUGAGUACAUUCUCAUAUCUUAUGUAUAAUCUGAUACAGGACAUACUCAGUACUUCCUCGAAGCAGUAAAAGGGUUAAAGCACACAGUCAGUUACAUACUGGUUAGCUUUGAUCCUUGUUCAAGCCCCUAGCCUGGUCAUAGAUUUCAAAAGACAAAGAUGCUUCAGAAACUGUAUGAUUUAAUCUCCUACAUUAAAAUUAGAUGUGAGAAUUUAAAGCAUGUUAUAAUCCUUUUUGAAAUUCCGAUUAAGGACCCAACUGUGCAAAAAUGGUCUUCAAAUUGGCAAAAUAUCCACCAAUUAUUAAUGCCACCCUUUUGAAAAAAAACUCUCCCAGUUGUGGCAGAUAAUUGUGUAAUAUUGAUGUUUUGACAUCUUUUAGCAACCUGGUCCACCUUAUGUGGUGCAAGCAAAUGUUCAAGCCUCUCCUCCUGAUUACCAAGGGCUGGCUUGGUUUGCCUGCCUCUGUUGUUGCUGGCCUGUGGGUAUCUUGGCUGUACUGAAAUCUAACGAGGCAAGUGUGUAUUUUUGACUUGGCUCAAUAAACCUACAGCUCUAUGGUCAAAUGUUUUUUUUUUAAUGCACUUAUGCAUAUGGAUUCAAACAUUUUUUUAGCAUCACGGAGAACUAUGAUCUCAACAGUUUUCUGGAAAUUGUGUCUUUAAUGCCAGGUGUGAGGGCAACAUCUUUAAAUCAGAAUCAAGAGUGACCUGAAAACCUCAUGGACUGCCUCAUGGGCCAACUAACAUACUUCCCCAGACAGUUUCAAAAAAGACCAAUAACUGAGUUUUAUUUGACUUUUUUUUCCCUCCCCUUUCCUAUUUGUUCUGAGGUGGGGUGGGGUGGGGAUAGGGGAGUUAUCUGGGAGCAGUGUGUCAGGUAGUAUUUGGAGGGGAAUAUAUUGACCUAGUAUCAGUAUUUUCAGGUCAUCCCAGAAAUCGCUUACCUUGAGAUUUUUUAUGACAAAUUGUUCUUUUUCUAGGUGCGUAAUUCCAUGGCAUGUGGAGACUACAACUCUGCAAGAGUAGCAUCUAACUCAGCCCGUACUUUUUCCUAUUUGGCCAUUGGUCUUGGAACUAGUUUUUUUAUUAUGUACAUCAUUGCCUUAAUUAUGGUUUUCACACUUUUGAGGGUUCAGUAAUAACCCAGGAGUAUUACCUUGAAAUAAUGAAAUUUCAAUACUUGAGAAUAACUCAUGGCACAAUUUAGACAGCCCAACCACGAGCAUCAAGAUAUCAACAGCAUUAGUAGGUUUAAUAUUCCCAGAGCCUCUGAGUGAUUUUAUUCAUUUGAUGCUGAAUUUUGAAGUAUCAAAUUUGGGUUGUUUUGUUGGGGCUGCAUGUAUGCAGUUGCUAUUACUCUGAGUUUAAUUGCUCACAAUGUUUGUAUAAAAUGGAUGGUGUUUGAUGCUUACAUUACUGCAAACAUCAUUGUGAGUGAUUUGCCUGGUUGAAAAAUUUCAGCAGUCUGUGUUGUAUAAUUAUAUUUAUUUUGUGGAAUGUUUAUGCACCCACCAUGGAGGAAUAUUUCAUGGCCUCCAACUAAAAUUUCUGGUGAUCCUCAAUCCCUAGCAGUUCCAGUGCUCCAAGCCACAACUAAAUUCUAUUUUGGUCACUGGGUGAAAUGAAGAUUAUUCUAUUGAUAUGUGCUUUCUAUUUGUGACUUAAUAUAUUUUCUGUGACUUAAUAUAUUUUCCAUAACUUAAAGCAGUUGUCAUAUGAAAGAAGGAAACUCUCCAUAUGACUAGUUGGAGGUGAAAUUAAUUCAGACAAUUUUUGUGUUUUUUUUACAAUUUGCAUCAAGAGCUUUUUUCAUAAUUUGUUUAAAACUGACAAUUUGUUAUUUCUCUUGGGAUAGCAAUUAGCUAUGAAAAUGUAAAUAUUGUCUUCACUCUGUGAGUACUAAAAUAAUUUAUUGUUUUACCUUAAUUUAUAAGAGUGAAAUGUUUAUUGGGAGUUGAGAACAAGCUCAGGGAAAUAAUUAUG